GUCUUUUGACUUUCUGUAGGUUGUCAUAAUAUUAAAAAAAAACAAAAAACUUCAGCAACUUGAUGAGCGGAAGAAGGAUCAGUUAUUUAAACUAUUAUAAAUAAAACUCUUAACUUAACGGCACUGUAUCCUGCUCUUAUCGAAUAUAAAAAAGAAAAUAUAAUAAUAAAAGGAUAUCCGCGGCGAAUAAAAUACUACAUGUACAAAAUAAUACAUUUAAAAUACAUAUAAAAAUAUAAUCAUGACUAUGGAAAAUGAUGAAAAACUACUACUUUCAAAAGAAAAUGAUUUAACUGCUAUAAUUGUGAAGUCAGAUAGUAUUUGCGUAAAUGGAAGUAAAAUUGUUGAAACUGGUGUUUAUUGGUAUCGCUGGUAUAUUUUAAUUUUGUACUCCUGCUCUUCAGCAUUAAGUAGUAUUGCCUGGAACUCUUGGGGACCAAUUGAAUCAACUGUUCAUGUUGUAUUUGGAUGGAAUACAGGAACAAUAUCACUUCUUUCUGAUUGGGGAGCUAUUAUCUUUUUGUUGUUUGUAUUUCCAUCUUCUUAUAUAUUAGAUGUUUUUGGUCUUCGGAAAGCGAUUGUAGUAUCUAGUUUCUGUUUAUUAAUUGGAACUGGGCUACGAUGUAUCACCUCUGAACCAGUAAAUGCAACAUUUCUAAUACACACUGCGCAAGUUAUUAUCGGAUUUGCUGGACCUGUUGGUCAAGCUGCAGCAACUGUACUUUCUAGUACAUGGUUUCCUUCAAAACAGCGAACAACAGCUACAGCAAUUGCUUCACUUUCAUGUCUUUUUGGAACUGCACUUAGCUUUUUCAUUGGUCCUCAUCUUGUUCAAGACUUUGAAUCUUUUGGUAUUAAAAAAGGGGAUGAAGGCUAUGAAGCUCUUGUCUCCAAAUUAUCUAAUCAAGUGAUGCGUUUCAUGUAUGUACAGUUUGGUAUGUGUGGUGGUAUUUUUUUAUUAGUUAUUUUAACUUUUCCACAUAAGCCUCCAAAACCACCAAGUUUUACUUCAAACAUUGAACGAGUUCAUUUUUCAAGUGGAUUGAAAAAACUCUUUAAAAAUCCUAACUUUCAACUUAUUGCUUUUGCUUACGGAUUGACAACUGGUGUAUACAGUGCAUGGUGUUCAGAUUUAGCUUUAAACUUAAAAGAAUUUUCUAUAGACGAUGAAACUGCUAGUUGGUUAGGAUUUUGGUCACUUGUUGCUGGUGCUAUUUCUGGAGUUGCUUUGUCAAUUAUGGCUGAUUUACUUGGUGCGUUAAAGCUUCUUGUAACUUUAAUGUUUAUUGUCUCAACUGCAAGUUUUGGAGUAUUUGGUUUGGUAUGUGUGGAAGUAAUACCUAAAUCAAUUACUCUUUUUUAUUUUACAUCAAUUAUUGGAGGAAUAUGUAUUAAUGGUACCAUUCCACUUUUCUUUGAAUUGGCUGUAGAGUCAAGCUACCCAGUAGCAGAAGGAAUAAAUACUGGUGCAAUGACUUUUUCGAAUAACAUUUAUUGUUUUCUUUUUUUGUCAUUGCCUUUAAUUCCUGGAGUUGGUACAAAGUGGAUGAAUUGGUUUUUAGUUAUUAGUUGUGCUUUGUGUAUUCCAAUUAUGAUGGUUUUUAAGGAAAAAUACAAACGACUUCAAAUAGAUAUUAGUGAAAAAUUUAGGUCUAUAGAUAUUAGUGAAAAAUAGAUAAAAAAUUUAUGU